CUCUAGCUAGCUACUUCGGAAGUUAAAAUGGGGUUGACGUUCACCAAGCUCUUCAGUAGGCUUUUUGCCAAGAAGGAAAUGCGGAUUCUGAUGGUGGGUCUUGAUGCUGCUGGUAAGACUACAAUAUUAUAUAAGCUCAAGCUUGGCGAGAUCGUCACCACCAUCCCUACCAUUGGAUUUAAUAUUGAGACCGUGGAGUACAAGAACAUCAGCUUCACUGUAUGGGAUGUUGGUGGUCAGGACAAGAUUCGUCCAUUGUGGAGGCACUACUUCCAGAACACUCAGGGUCUUAUUUUUAUGGUUGAUAGCAAUGAUAGAGAUCGAGUAGUUGAGGCAAGGGAUGAGUUACACCGGAUGUUGAAUGAGGAUGAACUGAGAGAUGCCGUUUUGCUUGUUUUUGCCAACAAACAAGAUCUCCCCAAUGCAAUGAAUGCUGCAGAAAUAACUGACAAGCUUGGACUUCAUUCCCUCAGCUAACGCCACUGGU